AUGACGGAACAACCGGUAUCAGUCCUCUUCGUCUGCCUCGGCAACAUUUGCCGCUCGACAAUGGCAGAAGGCGUGUUCCGCAACAUUGCGCAAAAGCCGCAAUACAAGGGCCUCAUCUCAAAGGUGGACUCUUGUGGCACAGCGGCCUACCACGUUGGCGAUCCCCCAGACGACCGAACGAUGGCGACUCUCGAGGACCACGGCAUCACGGACUAUUACCACGCCGGUCGCAAGGUGUCUCCCUCAGACUUCAACAAGUUCGACUACAUCUUCGCAAUGGACCGAUCAAAUCUCCGAGACCUGCAAAACCUACAACAACGAGGCUACGCCGAUACAAAGGCCAAGGUGAUGAUGUUUGGCGAGUUUUCGGGAGGUCCCAGAUCAGAGGUGGUGAACGACCCAUACUACGGCGGCGACGAGGGCUUUGCAAAGGCCUACGAACAGUGCACACGGUUCUCGCACAACUUUUUGAAGCACGUCUUCCCCGCCGUCGACCCCAAAGCAUAG